AUACUUAUCCAACAAAACAAUCCAUUCUAGCACCAGAUCCAAAACUCAGCCAGCUUCCCGUAAUAUGAAAAAACAUACUGAUACUACAAUCCAACCUCCUUUAACCAAACAUUCUGUAUCAGUUAACAAUGAAGAAAAAUAUCUCUCUGCUGUAAUUACAACACAAAAGAGCUCCUUCAGCACUGGCAUUCAGUCAACUUCUAACAGCUACUUACCACUUUCUGCUUUCCAUAAAACCACUCAACCAUUUUUAUUCAAAACUAUGAUAUUACAAAGUACAGAAGAAAAUAUUCACACAAAGCCUACUAGCAGAGCAAAAAUAUCAUAUGUUACCAGGAAUGUUACGCAUUUGUCAAGAACUAGCAAUAGAAACACAGUCCCUCCUUAUCCUACUGUGACUAUAAUCCACCUGUUGUCAAACAUUACAGAGAGCUCUUCCAGCACUGGUUCCAGUUAUCAGUCAUCUUCCAACAGUUACUCUCCACUUUCUGCCAUUCAUAAAACUAAAAGUCAGUUGUCUGCAUUAAAAACUACAAUAUCUCAAAAAAAGCAUUCAGAGCCAGUGAGUAGAUCAGAAGUAUCUUACGUUACAAUAAAUGCCACUCGUAUAUUGUCAACUAGUAACAAAAACAUGAUCCCUUUUUACCCUACAAUGACCAUCAGACCCCUAUUAUCAAACAGUACUGAGAAGUCUUCCAGCACUGGUUCCAGCAGCAUGUCAUCUUCCAACAGCUACUCUCUACAUUCUGCUAUUCAAAAAACAGUAAGUAAGCCAUCUUCAUUAAAAACUACAAUAUACCAAAGUACUGAAGAAAAUAAGCAUUCAGAACUAACUAGCAGAGCAGAGAUAUCCUAUUUUACCAUGAAUACCACUGAUAUGUUAUCAGCUAGUAACACAGUCCCUUCUUACCCUACUGUAACCUUCAGUCACCUCUUAUCAAAUAAUACUAGGAGCUCUUUCAGCACUGGUUCAAGCAGUAAGCCAUCUUCGAACAGUUAUUCUCCACUUUCUGCUAUUCAUAAAAGCAUAAGUCUGUCAUCGUCAUUAAAAACUACAGUAUUUCAAAGAAGUGAAGAACAUAAGCUGUCAGGGCCAACCAGGAGAGCAGCAAUAUCUUACUUUACAAUGAAUGCCAGUAAUUUGUCAUCAGCUAUUAAUAGAAAUACGCCCACUUCUACUAAUUUGAUCAUCAACCACAUGUUAUCAUACAAUACAGAUAACUCUUCCAGUACUGGCUCCAGCACUCAGGCAGUUUCCAAUAGUUAUUCACCACUUUCUACCAAUUAUAAAACCAUAACCCAGCCAUCUUCAUUACAAAUGAUGAUAUUCCAAAGUACUGAAGAACAUAAGCAUUUAGAGCCAACCAGCAGGGCAGAAAUGUUUUAUUUUACUAGGGAUGCCAUUCAUAUGUCAUCAACAAGUAAAAUAAAUACAGUUCCUUCUUAUGCUACAGUAACUAUCAGUCACCUGUUAUCAAACAGUACUAAGACCUCUUCCAGCACUGGUUCCAGCAGUCAGCCAGUUUCCAACAGCUACUCUCCAUUUUCUGCUAUUCUUGAAACCAUAAGUCAGCCAUCUUCAGUUAAAACUAUGAUAUUCCAAAGUACUGAAGAAAAUAAGCCAUCAGAACCAACCAGUACAGAAAAUAUGUCUUACUUUACCAGAAGUGCAACUCAUAUGUCAUCAACCAAUUAUAUAACUAUAGUGCCUUCUAACCCUACUGUGACCAUCAGCCACCUGUUAUUAAACAGUACACAGAGUUCUUCCAGCACUGGUUCCAGCAUUCAGCCAGCAUCUAAUAGUUACACUCCACUUUCUGUUAUUCAUAAUUCCAAACGUCAACCAUCUUCAUUGCAAACUAUUCUUUUCCAAAGUACUCAAGAAACUAAGCAUAUAGAACAAAACAGCAGAGCAGAAAUGUCUUACUUUACCAGAAAUGCCACUCAUGUGUCAUCAACAAGUAAAAUAAAAACAGUGUCUUCUUAUCCUGCUAUGACCAUCAGCCACCUGUUAUUAAACAAUACUGAGAGCUCAUUCAGCACUGGUCCCAGCAGUCAGUCAGCUUCCAAAACGUACUCUCCACUUUCUGCAAUUUUUAAAACCAUAAGUCAGCCAUCUUCUAACUACAAAAAAACUACAAUAUUCCAAAGUACUGAAGAAGAUCAAACCAGUGAAACAGAAAUAUCUGACUUUACCAGGAAAGACAGUCAUAUGUCAUCAACUAUUAAUAGAAACUCAGUCCCUUUUUAUCCUACUGUGACCAUGAGCCACCUGUUAUCAGACAGUAAAGAGAGCUCUUCCAGCACUGGUUCCAGCACUCAGCCAGCUUCCAAUAGUUACUCUCCACUUCCUGUUAUUCUUUCAACCAUAAGUAAGCCAUCUAAUAAGCAUUCAGAGCAAACCAGUAAAACAGAUAUGUUUUACUUUAUCAAGACUUCCACUCACAUGUCAUCACAUACUAAUAGAAAUACGGUCCCUUCUUAUCCUACUUUGACCAACAGCAACCUGUUAUCAAACAGUACAGAGAGCUCUUCUAUCACUGGAUCUAGCACUCUGCCAGCUUCCAAAAAUUACUCUCCAGUUUCUGCUAUUCAUAACACCAUAAGUCAACCACCUUCAUUAAAAAUGACAAUAUUUCAAAGAACUAAAGAAUAUAAGCCUUCAGAGUCAACCAGCAGAGCAGAGAUUUCUUACAUUACAGGAAAUGCCACUGGUAUGCUAUUAACUAAUAACAUAAACAUGGUUACUUCUUAUCCUACUGUGACAAACAAUACAGGGACCUCUGUCAGCACUGGUUCCAUCAGUCAGUCAGCUUCCAACAAUUACCCUCCACUUUCUGUUACUAAUAAAUCCAUAAAUAAGCCAUCUUUAUUACAAACUAUGAUAUUACAAAGUACGGAAGAAAGUAAGCAUUCAGAGUCAACUAGAAGAGCAGAGAUUUUCGACUUUACCAUGAAAGACGAUACAUCAUCAACUAGUAAUCGAAACACAGUCCCCUCUACAGAAGCCACAAUUCUUUUGACUUCCAAUGAAAGUGUUAUAGACCCAAUAUCAACUGAAAGCACAGAAAAAUCCACCAAAAUUAGGAUAUCUCCUGGCACUGGUUCCAGUAACAGUGACCCUUCUGCUAUUGAAACUAUAAGUCAACACGCUUCAACCAAUGCUGUAAAACAUGUAAAUACAGAUGAAAAUAGCAAAUUAGUAACAACAGAAUACAAAAAGAUACUACAUUCUACUGUAUCUAUCAGCCAACCAAUAAACAAAAGUCCAGGGACAUCUCAUUCUAUUAUUAGCCACCAUAUAUCUACAAACACAAUGAUUCCUUCUAACAUAAAAUCCAGUAGUUAUACAACGUAUACAACUUUCACCAGUAACCAAGGACCUUCACUUACUACUGAGCCCAUAACUGAACCAAUUUCUACCAAAGGUAUUACAUACAAUAGUACUGAACAAAGCAGGCACUUGCCAUCAACAAAAAACACAAGAACAUCUCACUCUUCUGUAACUAUAAGCAAUCAUUUACUAUCAAAAACAUGGAUUUCUUCUAGCGUUGGGUCAAAUAUUAAGUCACCUUCCAUCAGUUAUAUGGAAACAUUUCCUUCUACCGAAACUUUAAGACAAACACUUUCAAUCACAAGUGCGAUACCACGCAGUAAAGAAGGAAAUAAAGAUUUGGCAUUAUUCAAUACCACAGUAAAAGCCUACCCCACAAAACCAAUCAGUGAUCUUUCAUCAUUUAAGACUUACACCGAAACACCUCCCUCUGAGGUGAAUAAGAAACACCAGUUAUCCACUAGCAUAAGUAGCCCUUCCAGCACUGAAACCAGUAAUCAAUCAGUUUCCACCAGUAACAUUGUACUUUCAAAUUCUACUAAGGCAACAAGUGAACCACCUACAACCAAAAGUGUGACAUCCCUAAUUAGAGAAGGAAACAGCUAUUCGGUACCUUCUAGUGCCUCAGAAACAAUACACCCUACAAUUUCAGUAAGUCAGGACUUUUUGACUAGUACAAGUUUCUUCUCUGCCAUUAUUAACUCAGCUUCCUCAAGUACUAUAGUGUCUUCUUAUAGAAAUAGUACAAUAAUCCAAACAUCUUCAACCAAAAAUAUGACAUCCCCAGGUAAAAAAGAAAACAGCCAUUUAGCAUCAACCGAUAACGAUAAAUCACCUACCUCUAAUAUAACUAACAGUAACCUCUUAUCCACUACCACAAGUUUUGUACCCACAAGUCAGUCAUCCACCACCAGUAUCAUAGCACUUUCAAAUACUAGUAAGGCAUCAGGCAAACUACCUUCAACGAAUAGUGUGUCACCUACCUAUGGAGCAGGAAAAUACAAUACAUUACUUUCCAACAGCACUGAAAGAACACACCCUGCAGUAUCAGCCACUGAACAGUCAACCAAAACAGACAUUUCUUCUGCCAAUGGGACCAUUAUUCACUCUCACUCAGUUUCAACCAGUAAAACAUUACCUUUUCAUGCAGUUGGGACCAUAAACCAAAGUGCUUCAACGAUAAGUGUGGCUUUUCUCAGUACAGAAGAAAGCAAACAUUCAAAAUCAUCCAGUAACACUGAAACACCUAUGUUAAAGGUGACUGAUGUCCACCUUUUACCCACUAGCAAAACUAUAUCUUCCAGCAGUGGAUCGACAAGUCAAUCAACUUUCAAAAGUAAUACACCACUUUUAAAUACUACCAAGACCACAAGCCAACUAUCUGGCACAGAAACAACAUACCCUAUUGUAUCAAUUCACCAUUUCUUAUCAGAAAUUACAGGAGCCUUUCCUACUUUAAGGACUACUGCUUACUAUGAUUUUACUAGUAGCACAAUAGAUUCUCAUUCAGUUGUGACUAUAAACCAUAUGUCUUCAACCAAAAGGGUCACAUCCCCAGGUGAAAAUGAAAGCAACCAUUCAACACCAACCUACAAUACAGAAACAGAUCCCACUAAAGUGACCAUCAGCAAUAUGUUGACCACUGGAAUGAAGAUGUCUUCAAUCAGUGGAUUAAAGAGCCAAUCAACAUCCACCAGUAACAAAACACUUUCAAAUAUUACUGAGGCCACAAGCCAACAGCCCUCAACCAAAAGUGUGACAACACCCAGUACAGAAAGAAUCAAUUAUUCAGAAAAAGGAAAAACAUACUCUACAAUAUCAACCAUCACAAAAUAUUCUUCUUCCACUGGAACCACUAUUCACUCAGCUUCUCCCAAUAACAUUUUACUUUCACAUGCAACUGAGGACACAAACCAAGCACCCUUAACAAAACAUAUAACAUCCCUUGGUAUAAAGGGAAAUGUCCAUUCAGCAACAACCAAUAAUAUUGAAGCAAAUUCAUCUCAGCUGACUAACAGAAAACUAUUUUCCACUGAUAAAACUAUCUCCUCCAACACUAGACCAAUAAGUCAAUCUGCUUCUACAAUAAGCAUGGAACUUUUGAAAACUAUUGAGGCAACCAACCAACUUCCCUUAACCACACGUGUAACAACCCCCAAUAAAACAGGAAACAACUAUUCAGAUCCAGCCAAUGGAGAAGAAAAAUCACACUCUACAGUGCCAAUCAGCAAUGUUUUAUCAAUCAGCACAAGAAACUAUUCUUCUUCAAGUACUACAGCUUACUCAGGUUCUACAAUUAAGAUUUUACCUUCUCAUGAAACUGGCAACGGAAACCAAAUAACCUUAACAAAAAGUGCAACAUCCUCUGGUAAAAAGGAAAACUUUAAUUCAGCAACAACUAAAAACAAUAAAACAACUCACUCUAAGGUGAUGCUUUCCACUAGUGUAGUUAUAUCUUCCAGCACUGGCCUCAGACGUCAAUCACCUUCUACCAUGAAUACUACUAAGCCAGCAAGUCAAUUGUCAUCAACCCCCAGUACAAAACAAAACAACCAUUCAGAACUGACCAAAAGAGCAGAAAAAACACAUCCUACAUCAUCAAUCAGCUAUUUUUCACCAGUAAGCACAAAGAACUCUUCCACUAAGCAGACCACUACUUAUCCUUCCUCCAGUAGCUCAAUGCCUUCUCAUGUGAUUUGGACCAUAAAUCAAACAUCUUCAACCAAAACAGUGACAUUCCCAGUCUUUUCCUCAAACAUUAGCCUUCCAUUCUGGGCUAUCAUCCUGAUUUGUUUAGCAGUCAUCCUUGUUGCAGUCUUAUUGUUAGCAGGAUGCUGUUUGGUUGUUGUUUUCACAAGAAGAAGACAUAGACGGCAUGAAAUUUAUCAUGUGACAGAAUUCUAACUUUUACAGACCCAUAAUAAGUUGUAUUCCUUUGACUGUCAGUUCAACAUCUGUUCCAUGAAAUAUUAAUAUGUUACAUCAGUAUUACUCUGUCAUUAGGUCUUCAGGUCUUGGUAAUAUUUUAUAUAUGUAUAUAUAUGCACCUUCAGCAUUUGAGGCUAAUUAUGAAAAUCUCCACCCCCAGUUCAAUGCAGUUAUUAUAUUUUAUUAGAAUUUUUAAAAAAAAUCAAAUGUCUCUGAUACAUUCAAGUUAUCUUCUUUUUACUCCAGUUUUAAAGAAAACAUUGUAUUUGAUUUAAAUCUAUUUUUAUUUCUAAUGGUAUUGAGGCUAAUAUAAAGACAAUAGUAAUUCAUAAGCUUAAAAAUCACAACCAGAUCUUUUAAGCAACAGAGGUGUACACUGCUAGCUAUCUAAUGGGCAUUUGCAAAUAGGGGCAAGGAAUUUUGCCCUCAAACAGGACCAGAGUUGGCACUGGUGUAACUCCCAGGACGCAGAAGCAAGUAAGGGGGGGGCAGUAGCAUAGGGAGCAAAAGGAUAUCAUCCACUAUGUGCCCCAAUCAGUACUGCUCAUUUUACUUUUAUUACUAUGGCAGUAUGGCAGUUCUGAUGUGAAAUUUCCGAGCAGGAAAUGGAGCAGGAGGGGCAGGACUUCACACUGCUUAUAUAUUGUCAGUGGAGCAACAGAGCUGCCAGUGCACCUAUUCUACUUUAGAUUUCAUUAAACCAGACCCCAGCCUAUGCAAAACAGGCUGAUAUGGCACAGCAAACACAGACAACAUUGCUACAGAAUAGGUUAAAAUAAUGAAACCAUAGCAAUUUGUGGGGUGCUCAGAGGCCAGUAGAAAUAGCAGUCCCCAAUUAGGUGCACAAUCAAGUUAAACUUAUUUUGGAAACUAAAUUAAGGUAGCUGUUACAGUGUUGGUAGUAGGCUCUAUUCUGUUGUGUCUUUUUUUCUUUUUAAAAAGGCAGAAAGUGUUCUGUAUUAAGCAUAGAGCUGGCACUGCAUGUCUGCUGCAAAGUGUUUUGGAAGCAAUAAACAUAAAGUUGGAA